GGAAGAGUCCAGAGAGGCUCCAGUCAUUGAGUCUGAUGGAGCAGGAGCCAAAAGAAAUGAUGGAGAAGUUGCUGAUUGCUCCACUGUGAGCUGCUCUCCAGGACGGGGCUCCUUCCUCCCUGUGGACUGACUUUGCUUUGGUGGAAUCUUGCUGCAGCUUGUGGCUCUUUGAGUGUGUUUGGAUCAGAUGUUUAGGAGGAGGAGGCUCCUGCAGCAGUUCUCACUCUGACAACUCAGUGAAAAUCCUCUUUGGCUUCAAUGGACAUGAAGACAGUCUACACUGGAAAUUCUAACAAGUUCAGUUUACUGGAAAGAAUUUGGGAAACCGAUUAGUUUUGGAAAUGUCAGUGAAAGAACUUCAUUGUGUCCAGUAGAAUGAAAUGAUUCUUUCUAACACUAAACAUCACAAACUGAGGCUCAGCUUCAACAGUCUGACUCUCUGGAAACCACUAAAGACCUGCUCUGCUGGACUUUGGCUUUUCUCAUGUUUUCAUGUUGAAGUUGUGGGCGGAGCUUCUGUUGUCCGAGGCUCAGCAGCAUCUUCUGGAUGAAGCCAGAUGUGUUCUUCACACCUUUGGGCUCAUCCAGAUGCAGAGCAGAUAUGAAGCCCAGCAGAAGACACAGAGCUGGAGAGCUUGUAGGAAUCUCUUCAUGACAAUGUUUCCUCGGAGGACGACCGCAGUGCUGCUGAGCUCUGGCGGCGAGUCGUCAGUCUGACUCCAAGAACCCGACAGGAGCCCUGAAGGCUGAAGUCCUGCUUCAACAGAACAGAACACACUUCCAUUCAUUCUAUCAGCACCAGAUGUGUUUGGAACUCCCAGCAGAUUCAGCAUCAGAGCCUUGUUUCCUGCUGUGACAGCCACACUUCUGCUGUCUGUUCUGCUCAGGAGACGACAUCUGACUCCUCCUCAGUGUUGGAGGGCUGGACUGUUCUGUCUGAGGCCGUUUUGUGUGGAGCUGUUGAGCCUUUUGCAAGACUGGAAGCUGGAAAGACUUUAGAGGCUGAAACACUGUCCCUGAGGAAAUGUCUUUAAUGUUAUUUUUAUUAAAUUAUUCAAAUAAAUCCUGCUGUCAGAGGCUGUUUGGUUUCUGGUCUCGGUCUUUGAGGCUCCAGCCUUGAUAAAGUGUUUCGUUUGACUCCAGACCUGAACGAUGCUGCUUCUUCUGAAAUCCAGUCUGCUCCAGAUGUUCUGCUGAAGUGUGUUUGAGCAGCAGACAGCUGUGAAGAUAAAGUCUUCAGUCACAUCUGAGGAAUCCUCUCCUCAGUGGAACUGUCCUGGAUCCCACCAGCAAGCAGCUGAGGUUGUGGGUUCUAUUCCAGCUGCUUCCAGAUGUUUGUGUUGAGAACUCUUCUAAAAGCUGUGAACUCUCCUGGAGCUCCUCUGUUCCUCCUCCUCUGCCCAGAGUCUCAGUCAUCAUGGAGUCGUCCCUUCAUGGCGUCUCCAGAGUGUUUCCCCGUUAAAACUCAGCUUCACUGUGGUUGAUCACACCUGGGUUCAGGCUCUCAGCCCCCAGGCCUGAUUCCUGCCACACCUGUUCUCCAUCCAGGAAGAGCUCCAGCAGGACCUGCUGACAGAGUGAAGGAGAAGCAAAGAUCCUCCAGAGCUGGACGUCCUGCUGAGAUCCAGAGACUCUCUGGGUUUGUUUGCUUCUUAGUGAAGCUGUGAAGAGAUUGUGGAGGAAAAACCUCAGAAACACAUUUCAGUGUAGAAGUUAGUUGAACUGUGAGAAUCACUUGUAUAUUAUUUAGUGAAGCUGAAGAGAAGAGUUUAGUUUGUUGCUACAUUGUUUGUGUGGUUUCUGUAGGUUUUUUAAUGAAUAUAAAUCAAUAAAUCCCAUGUUUCAGCCUCCAGAGACAAAUGAAGCUCCAACUGGGUCUGACUGCAAAACCCCCUCUGACCAGCAGGCGGCAGACAGGAGCUUCACACCAGACUCCAUUGAGAAACUGGAGUCUUUAAAGGAACUCUGGGAAAAGGUGUUCAUAUUGUCCAGAACAUGGAUGGUUGUGAAUGGGACGAUGAAACUGAUGAAGUGGUGAAUGGAUUUGAUCAACACGGUUACGAUGGAGAAGAUUUCCUCAUUUAUGACCUGAAGACAGAAACAUACAUCGCUCCAGUUCAACAGGCUGUUCCCACCAAACAGAGGUGGGAAAAUGACAAAGCAUUCAUGGAUGAGCAGAAGCACUACUUCACCACAGAAUGUGUUGAUUUGUUGAAGAAGUUUGUGGAGUUUGGUCGGAGCUCACUGAUGAGAAAAGAUCUUCCCUCAGUGUCUCUCCUCCAGAAGACUCCCUCCUCUCCGCUCACCUGCCACGCUACAGGUUUCUACCCCGACAGAGCCGACUUGUUCUGGAAGAAAGACGAGGAGGAGCUCCAUGAGGACGUGGUCAGAGGAGAGAUCCUCCCCAACCAUGACGGGAGCUUCCAGAUGAGCGUUGAUCUGGAUCUUUCAGGGUUCAAAGAUGAAGACUGGGGGAGGUACAGCUGUGUGUUUCAUCUGGCUGGAGGACAGGAAGUCUCCAAGAGACUGGACAAACGGGACAUCAGGACCAACUGGAAGACAAAUGAUGGAGGGUUUCCCACUGGAGCUGCUGCUGGAGGAGUUGUUGCUGCUCUGCUCCUCCUGACAGGCUGCAUCAUGGGACUCAUCGUCUGCUUGAAGAAACGACCUCAAGGUAAACCAAUGAAACUUCCUCUUCAUCAGGAGAAGAUCCAGCCGUGAAGAAGAAGCCCCUAAAAGACGCCCCCCCUGGACCAGAUGUCUGGAGGGUUCCUC